GCACUGCGCUUUCUCUCUCUGAACAUACGUCAUCAUACAGGAAGUAAACAAACCAGAGCAAAGGGUUGUCAUCAAGACGCUCACGAGAACCUCCCAUUGAGUGCCAUGACAGCUCGUGCAGCUCUGAUGUUUUCCUGGCACACAUGAUUUCCACAACUCAUCCCGAGGGUGUCAAGCCAGACAGUAACCCCCACAGUGCCAUGGCUGAGGUGUUGGGACAGAGGAGCCUGGUGGGCUUUGGUGUGGUGUUGGCGUGGCUGGUGCUGUUCCACCUGCUGGUCAACAUCUGGCUGCUGUGUGUGUUCACCAGCCUGCUGGUGGUGCUCGGCGGCUGGCUUGGCUCGCAGGCCGUCCUGGAGUCCAACAGUGUGGUUCACCUAGAGAGGUUUAUCACCCUGGAGCAGGUUCCACCGUCUUUGGACGAUGAGCAUCACUUGGACCAGGAGAUCCACAACACUGUGGGGAAAAUCAUCAGGGACUUUGUCUCCUCCUGGUACUCCACUGUGUCGUCUGAGAGCGGCUUUGAAACAGAAAUCCAAGAGGCCAUGAUCUUUAUGGCCAUGGAGCUGAAAACACGUGCAAGACGGGUUGAUAGGAAGGAGCUGACCCAGAGGAUCCUGGAUCUGUUUGGUUGCCACCUGCAGGACUACAUCAGAGCCAAGGAGCUGGUGAGCGAACAGCAAACGCCUCUGACAACAAGAUGGAGCAGUGAGAGUGAGCAGCUGUGGAAGGAGUAUUCCAGAAUCACCACGCCUCACUUUGCCAUGAACAGCGACACAGUAGAACUAAACUAUACCAGAUCAGUUGUAGAUUUGUUGCUGCACAUUUUGGUGCCAUCGCCGCACUUGGAGACCCGCACCGGACGGUUCGUCGUCGGAGAGCUCAUCACCUGCAACGUCCUGCUCCCUCUCAUUGCCAAAUUGUCUGACCCUGACUGGUUAAACAGUCUCAUAAUCGAAAUAUUCAGCAAGUCUAGCAAACCACAGGAGUCAGUCACAGCAGAGCCAGUGACUUCAUCACCACUGCCACUACCACCGCCACCUGCUCCAUCAGAGCUCGCUCCACUACAGGAGACAAUGCAUACACAUCUAAGAAAUAAUGAAGUUCCUCCACUGAGAGCUGAGACUGAAAUGGUUCAUGAUGCGGAGAUAGCCACGCCUGAGCUCGCUGCCUAUGAUGUGGGUGACUCUGAGGAGGUGGACACUCCACAGAACAAUGCUGAAGAGGAAGAACCUACUCCACCUUUCUUAAGGCAUUACAUGAGAGGAAGCAAGUCGAACCCGUUUUACCAGGAGAAUGACUCCGACCUGGAGUCUCCUUUGGCCGACUACAAACGAGGUUCCAUUGAUUCCCUGGUGAUGAUAGGCCAAGAGGAGGUCCUCUGUGACAGACAGAGAGAAUGCGCCAUACCUGCAGAGAACAAUAAUGGUGUGGACCUGGAGGAUGCUUGCCCCAGUCCAAUAGAAGGCCCCUGCCCUAAAGUCCUGGUGAAUUCACAACCAGUCGAACAUCCUAAUGGUUGCAGCUCCCCACCAGUUAUAAUAGCAGAGGGGACUCCUUGUAUCAGCAGCCUCCAGGAACUGGAGAGGGGUGGCAGUUGUUUCCCUUCAGUAAACCCAGCCAGAGACCUCCUUCUGGGUGUAGACCAGAGUGUGCUGGGGAACCCCAGUGAGCUGUCGGACGUCAGUCCGUUGCAGGGCUCUUCUCCUAUGCCGUCGUUCAGUUUUGAGCCCCUUAGCAGCCCAGAUGGACCAGUCAUCAUCCAGAACCUCCGCAUCACCGGCACCAUCACAGCUAAAGAACACAGAGGCACCGGCUCCCACCCCUACACUCUUUACACUAUCAAGUAUGAGACAGCGAUGGCUUAUGAGAACCCUGGAAGCAUCCAGCCAGGCUCUGAGGAUGCUCCGUCAGGUUGUGAGAAUCCAUUGUCUGUUCAGCCGGUGGCUUAUCACAUGGUCAACAGACGAUACAGUGAGUUCCUCAACCUACAGACACGGCUGGAAGAAAAAACAGAACUACGAAAACUCAUCAAAGGUGUGAAAGGUCCAAAGAAAAUAUUUCCAGACAUGCCGUUUGGAAACAUGGACAGUGACAAGAUCGAGGCCAGGAAAGGACUUUUGGAGACCUUUCUAAAGCAACUCUGUACCAUCUCCGAAAUAGCCAACAGUGAAGAGAUGCAGGAGUUUCUGGCUCUCAAUACAGAUGCCAGAAUCGCCUUUGUCAAGAAACCUUUCAUUGUGUCACGCAUAGACAAGAUUGUGGUGAAUGCCAUUGUGGACACCCUGAAGACAGCGUUUCCCCGUUCAGAACCUCAGAGCCCGACAGAGGAUAACGAGGGAGAGAUGGAUGGGGGGAAAAUAAGUGCUGACAAGAAGAGCAAGUCUCGUCUGAAGUUCUCCAGUAAAAACAUUCCCUUUAUGAAUGGCUCAGACAUCAGACCAUCGGUUUUGUUCAGCUGGGACCAAACUAGCACAGUGUUUAACGGGAUGUCUUUGGGAGAUCUGCAAGCCUUCGUCACCGAACAAGAAACACUGUCCAUCAGAGCGGAGCCAGAGAUGGAGGGCAGUCCAGCAGUGAGAGAAUUCGGAGACUAUCUGAUGGGCAGCUUGAGUGGAAAGCACAGUCAGGAACCUGCAUCUGAGAUGGCGCUAGCCGAGGUGGCUCUGAACAUCCUGUGUCUGCUGAUGAAGAAACAGUGGAGCUGGCUGUGCACUGAGAACAUUCAGAGGGCCAUCAGACUGCUGUUUGGAACCCUUAUCAACAGAUGGCUGGAUGUGAGUGUAGCCAACCUGACAUGCACCAGGUACUGGGUGGUGUACCUGCAAGUCAUCCAGGAGGCCGUGUGGCCAGGUGGGACUCUGCCUACGGCCCCGCAACUGGAACGCAGCCAGCAGGAAAAGGACAGCACCAGGCAACAAGCCUUACACUGUCUGAUGAGACUCCUACCAGAUCUGGUCUCAGACAUGUUAGGCUCAGACAAGUACAAACUGAGCUGGCAGACUGCACUGGACUCUCUUCAAGACCCCUACAUUAACAGACACCUGGUCUACUGCAUAUUUGAUCUUCUGCUUGAGUUCCUGGUUCCUGAAAUACCUGAGGAAGAUUUCCAGAGGAGCCUGUUGCAGACCCUUUUCAAGAACCCCGAGAAGCUGCUGGCAUGAGAAGAAACCCCCUGGGGGAACGCCACCCUCACUGAUCAUUCACCAAUGAAGAUUUGCUGAAAGGAAGUUAGUAGAACAGGCUGCUCUUGUUCUACUAAAGUCCCAUGAUGUGUGUAAGUUAAAGUUUUUGGUGAGACUGAAUAUUCUCCUACCCAACUUUAAGGUCCCCCAGGUCUGUGUUAAGUUGAUGUAUUAACACGUGAGGCUCUUGUCCUGUAUACACACACACACACACACACACACACACACACACACAAUCUGAAGUGGCUUUGAUGACAUGAGAACACCUGGUUUGUGUUUAAUCUCAGAACGUGCUGAUCAGAUCUAAACAUGUGGCAAAGCCUCUUUCGAUCUCCUCAUCCAGCCUCUUCCUGCUUGCUAAACUCUCCAGCUUUGACUUAACUCACUUCAGAUGGUCCUCACACUCUGCCCUCAUCCCCUGCUGCACUUUCUGGGUAGAAGAACCCACACCUGUUGCUCUAAUCUGGAGAAGCAGGAUUUUCUUUCCCCUCCGACUUAAAUCUCAAAAAGCUCUAUUGGGAUUUAGCAUCAGUGCUUUUAUUCCCUGUAGAUCCAUUCUUCAACAUCCCACUGGCUCUGUAUAGAGCCACACAUGUGAUUUGGACAUAGUGUGAGCUAUGCCUCCUAAAUCUGAGCCUUCCUGAGGGAUCACAUGUCUCUACUAGUGAUUUUUUUUUUUUACCUGCACGUGUCCAGGUGUAGGAGAAGUACAUACUGUAAUGUAGUGUGCUGAAGAGUUGGCCAUAAGAUAUUUUACUGGCUUCACCGAUGCGUCACAGUUCUUUUAACAGGUCCCUGGGAGAAUGAUCUGUACAGUUAAUGUCUAAAUCAUAUAAGAACUGGGCUCCACAAAAACAGGUAUAUGAAGGAUGUCGGACUGAUGUUGGCACAGGUCCGUUCAAUAACUUUUUUCUCUAGUUUACUGUAAAACAGCAAACUGCCCGAAUCUUUGAUAGUUGGCUAAUUAACCAGCAGACUUAAAUGCUUUGUAAAUUACAUAGAAGCACAGUUCCUGACUUCCUUACUUUCAGUGCAUUUCAGUCCAUUCUGAUAGAUUUGUUUUUGUUUGUCCAACUAAUCAGUCAUCAGGUCAUCAGCCUCUGAAAAUUCUAGCACUACUUUUGCUACAGAAAACCGAUGACUGCUAUGAAAACCGCUGACUGCAGGUUAUGUGGAUCGUAUUCACACUUCAUACAGCACACAUUUUGACUUCUUACAAAGCAAACAACCACUAACCACAUGGCUCUGCCCCAGUAAGCCAUGACAGUGUGACACUGAGCCAUGAACAAUACAAGGACCAUGGUAUCAUUGUUAUUAUUUAAGCCUGUGACAUGUCAAAAUGUCGUCAGUGAAAAAGUCAUUCAUUCACUUCAUGCUAUGUUUAAGUAGCUAAUGGUCCAGUGCAGGUUUCUUAUUAGUGGAGGUGGCAGAGACUGCGCUUUAAAAUAACUGUCAUGAUAACUCCACUUUGUAAAUCUGCCUUAGCAUCUUAUCGCCUUCAAGGUGGUAAAACAACAAUCAAUGCUCCUUUCCCAGUUGGAUAAAGACAAUGAACAGAAAAUUAUUAUAUUGCAUUCAUGUUACAACACAAACCAUGAUUCAAAUCCUCAUGUCUUAACACAGACAGUCUUAAAAUACUGUUUAGUUCAUAAUAAUGAUUCAUUCUAAUGUUCCAAAAUGUCUUCAAUUUAGAGAAAUUGUUAAUCGUAGUACUGCAUACUUUUGUGUGUUAUCGAGUAUGAAGUCACCAUAUGGAUUACAUUUAGACUAACACAUGCAGUAUUGUAUUUCAAAAUACAUCAAAAUACGUCUUGUUCGACUGAAGUCAUGUGAGGUUUUGAUGCCACGUUUGACAAAUGUUACAUUUCAUCUUGUAGAAGUCAAAUCUUAAUAUUACUGUUCAUGCUAAUAUCAUUCCAGUGUUUUGCACUCUUGUCCUGGUUUAGUGCUCUUAUCCUUUUUCCUGUCCGUUGUGUUAACCUGUGAUUCAGCCUAUUUAUGAACCUAUUUAUUUGCUUGAUUUACUAAACUGUGCGAGGUGCCAGUGCAGACUCUUAUGAAGUGCUUUUAAGUGGAUUUUUGCCUUACAAGGUGACUCGAUGAAGUUUGGUCCCGCAGUGUUGCAGCUACAGGUCCAUGUCUGAGACCAUGCCCCUUUGUAGAACAUCAGCGCCCACUUCCAGCUCCCUGCAGUCAAACUGUUAACACGAGUUGUUUUUAUUGUGGAAAAUUGUGCUGAAUGUUCGGGCUGUUACAGUUAUUUGUUGUAAAACCCAUUGAGGUACUGCUAUUGCUGCUACCAUGAUAUCAAAUAUUUGCUCUGUGUAUCAUUAUAACAAGACAAAACACAUUCUCAUUAUUACACUUAAUGAAUGUAUCUCAUUAAAAGAAGACAUGUUUCUUGUUCUAACAUAAAUGUGUGUGUUGUUGUAAUAAGAAAGAUCCAGGCAGGGUUUGAAUAGAGGAAAGAGAGGCUGUGCUUGGGACGAGACAUCCAUCCAUCAAGUCCAAUCCAAUCCAAGUAACUUGAUAUCUGAAAAUAAUGACAGACACAUUUCUGCAUCUCUAUAAAGCAAAAAAAAGGUAAUUAAAACAUAAACCAUCAUCAGAUGAUGGGUUCAGAGAAUGCAUUUCAGCCAAUGUAUUCCAACUCUUGGCUCUCUACAGAAACAACACAGCACAGACAUGACAUUCAAACUGAAUGAAGUGAAACAAACCAAGCGUCGCUGUAUGGCUGGCGUUGGCAGUAUGUCAUGCUUGGCAUCAGAUACGUUAGCUUGACACAUACAUUGAAACAGAGAGCUGAUGUCCUGGUCUACGAGCUUCUCUAACUUAAUGCAAUCAGCAGCUGUCUGUCUGAAAAACAUUGCAUUAGAAGAAGAAGAAGUCUUUCAUUUUUACCAACUUAAACCAACAAGUUCUUCAUGAAAACACUAAAAACUACAGCUACAUCACUUCUCUUCAAGUCAUUUUUACAACAUUAUAGCUGUCUCAUCACCCCAAACCCUAUUUGAGCCACAUACACAUUGAGUGAAACACAUAAGGUUAUGAGUAAGGUUGGAGCACACGAUAUGAAAACAUCAGCAUGUUGUCAGGCUGAUCAGGGCUGUGGGAUCUCCUCAGUCACUGCCUCGACUUUAUCUCAUUAUAACAAUAUACUAACUUCUAAUGAGAACCAUUUCUUGUUUUAAUGAGACUUUGCGUAAUAAUCAAAAUGUUUCAAUAAGAAAAUGAAGGAGUUAUGCCAUAAUAACAUGACAAAUUAUGAAAGGUUUUCUGUUCAUGAGGAAAAAGUGAUUUAAAGAUGUUUUUUGUAAUGGUGGCAACAAUAUGCUGCCUGACUUUAUCUGCUUUGAUCAGUGGUAGAUGUUAGAGUAUUCAUGGUGAAACAUGCACUGUGCUGUUUGUCUUUGGAACGUCCUGCAUAUAUUCCAAGUACUAAUUAGAGACACUGAAGCUUGAUCUGUUUUAGAGACGUGUACAGGUCCAUUCUUUCCUUCUUUACCACCUUUGCUCUCUAACCUGUCCAUCUUCUUUUCUAUCAGGUCGUGUGUCUGCUGUUCCUCUCUACAGAGGAGGUUGUGUCGAGCAUGUUAUCGCUGUGAAUCUGUCUGUUUUAUAGCGUACAGAAUGUGUCGGUCUUUUAAACAUUUUCUGGUUGUUCCUGAGCAUAUUUGCAAAAAAACAAACAAACAACAACAAUAAAGUUACCAAACAUGAGUUAUUAAAUCUUCAA